AUGCCACGCAAUUCCGUAAAACCCGACCUCCGAACAGAAGUAUACAAACUCGCAAAACUGGGCAACGUCCAGGCUGGUAUUCCUCCAGCGUUCCGCGUCCUCCCUGUAAUGGCAAUUGCAGCAGGGGGGGCGGUAUCCAGGUUUACCGGGCAAGGGAACAAAGUAGAGGAGCUGCUCCUCGGACAUGACGAGUUAUUUCUUCUACAAAGUCCCAACACUACGAACAACUCAAUUUCUUCACUACAUCUCGCAGAGUCAAGUGUGACGAAACUCAGCCGGCAUGCAAUCGAUGUUAGUCUAUUCCCCAGUCCCUCACAUGUUCUGAGCGGCAGUCUCACUCCUUUUGGAUUUGAUGGGUUAGGUACCACCACCGGCCGCAUAUGCGACGGCUACGAUCCCGUCCGAGCCAACUCGGAGCCGAAGUUCAUCGCCGUGGUGCCGUCACCCGUGCGUCAAGAAGAAUCACGGUCGCUUCUGUAUUUUCAUGAAAAGACGCUCGCCCAAAUGAGCACUUUUUUCCCAGACGAAUUCUGGACUCGUCAACUGUUGCAGGUUGCUAGCUCGGACAGGUGUAUUCGGCACUCAAUUCUUGCCCUGUCCUCCUACCAUGAGCUGUUUUCAACACCACAACAGGUCAACGGCUGCCAAUUUGCGCUGCGGCAUUACAAUCUGUCAAUCAAAGGGAUACUUGGCUCCCCAAGAACGGCGGCAAAUGCUCACAUUUACCUGAUGUCGUGCAUCAUGUUCAUAUGCAUAGAGUCAUUACGAGGCCACAUACCUACCGUGGUACAAUUAGCAAAAGCAGGAUACAGAAUACUCCAGGAACAAACUCAACUUGUGACUGAUGCCAGCUCAAGUCCAAGUUCGACGGCAUCCUCUGAUACUACCACCUUCUUUGGCUUCGCCGACGGCUUCCUGCGUGUCAGAGACCUGGAUCCGGAAAUAUCGGCCAUUGUCACAGACAUGCUCCGGUCUUCCGAGCACCAGCGCCCACCAUACAACUUCGCCACAUUGGUCGACGCGCAACAGGAGCUCAGCAACAUCCGUCUUCAAUUCGAGAGAUGUGACAUGACGGGACUGAUGGACAAGAUCUCGGCGUGGUCCAUCGCAUUCGAAGAGUUCAAGUUGCUGCAUGCUGCCUCCCUCACGUCCCGCGCCGACAAACGAGCAAUAGCGCUGCUGGAAACACAAUCACGGUUUUGCGCCGUCGACAUUGCCAUCAACUGCGCCGGUGAUCAAGUGAACCACCUUUUGUGGGAUCGGUAUAUCAGUGCCUUUAGCGAGAUGCUGGACUAUGCUGAGACGGCUAUGGAUUUGCACGACCCAGAAACAAAGGGUGACCUGUCUCCUCAGUUCCACAUGCACUCUGGCAUCGUGCCGUUGCUGUACGGAAUAAUUACCAAGUGCCGAGACCCGGCGGUACGCAGAAGAGCCAUUACUCUCAUGUCGUCUCGUUCCUUGCAGGAGGGUGUUUGGAAUAACCAUUUAGUGCUGGGGGUGGCACGGAGAAUCAUGAGCGUAGAAGAGGACAGUGCAGGAUUAAUAGGCCCGACAUCAUGUAGGGACAUCCCUGCUGAGUCUAGAGUGAGGUCAAUUGCCGUAGUUGCGGGUGCGAGUGAUAACCAGUAUAUGGUCGGUUACCAAGGGAGUCGGGGAUGGUGGUGGGAACAAGCUGAUUACGUUCCCGAUGGUGUAUAG